AUGAUUGUCGACCACAGGAUCGCCGGCCACAUUGUCGACGAUGAGAUCCAUCACUACGUCGUCAAGCCGCUGCAGGCCGGCGCACGCCUGACGGCCAUCUUCGACAGCUGCCACUCGGCUCCAUCCCUGGACCUGCCCUACCUCUACAGCACCAAGGGUGUGCUCAAGGAGCCCAACCUGGCCAAGGAGGCCGGCAAGGGGAUAAUCCAGGCCGUCGGCCACUACGCCCGCGGCAACGUGGCCGGCGUCGCCACCACACUCUUUGGCUUUGCCAAGACGGUCUUGAAGGGCAACGGCGCCUACGAGCACUCGAAGCGGACCAAGACAUCUCCCGCCGACGUUGUUAUGUGGAGUGGGUGCAAGGCGUCCAGACGUCGUGAGUACAGCAGUCACAACGUCGUAAGAUUGGGGUAA